GCCACUCCCAGCCUCCCUCCCGACUCUUAGCGGAGCCCCAGGGCUGUGGGGGCCGCCUCUGAGCCAGACCUGGCGGGCCCAGUACGCUGCUGGGAGUCGGUGCUGCUGGUGCCUCCAGCCUUGCGGAGCCCAAGGGGAGCGGGAGCGGGAGCGGGAGCGGGAGUGGGAUCGCCUGCCCGGCCGGGCGGGAACCAGGAUGUGGAGCUGUGUUCUGUGAGCCGGUCCCAUGACCCUGAGAUCGCUGACCACAAAAGGAAGGCGUCCCCCGCCUGCACCUGCAGCUUCGGUGGCCCCGACAUGAUCCCCUACUUCUCUGCCAACGCGGUCAUCUCGCAGAACGCCAUCAACCAACUCAUCAGCGAGAGUUUUCUAACAGUCAAAGGUGCUGCUCUUUUUCUACCACGGGGAAAUGGCUCCUCUACUCCAAGAAUCAGCCACAGACGCAACAAACAUGCAGGUGAUCUCCAACAGCAUCUCCAAGCAAUGUUCAUAUUACUCCGCCCAGAAGACAAUAUCAGACUGGCUGUAAGACUAGAAAGUACUUACCAGAAUCGAACACGCUAUAUGGUAGUGGUUUCAACUAAUGGUAGACAAGACACUGAAGAAAGCAUCGUCCUAGGAAUGGAUUUCUCCUCUAAUGACAGUAGCACUUGUACCAUGGGCUUAGUCCUGCCUCUCUGGAGUGACACCUUAAUUCAUUUGGAUGGUGAUGGUGGGUUCAGCGUAUCGACAGAUAACAGAGUUCACGUAUUCAAACCUGUAUCUGUGCAGGCAAUGUGGUCUGCUCUACAGAGUUUACACAAGGCUUGUGAAGUAGCCAGAAUGCAUAACUAUUACCCAGGCAGCCUGUUUCUCACAUGGGUGAGUUACUACGAGAGCCAUAUCAACUCAGACCAGUCCUCUGUCAAUGAGUGGAACGCUAUGCAGGAUGUGCAGUCCCACCGGCCAGACUCUCCAGUUCUCUUCACAGACAAACCAACAGAACGUGAGCGAACAGAGAGACUAAUUAAAACCAAAUUAAGAGAAAUUAUGAUGCAGAAAGAUUUGGAAAAUAUAACAUCCAAAGAGAUUAGAACUGAGUUGGAAAUGCAAAUGGUGUGCAACUUGAGAGAAUUCAAGGAAUUUAUAGAUAAUGAAAUGAUAGUUAUCCUUGGUCAGAUGGAUAGCCCUACACAGAUAUUUGAGCAUGUCUUUUUGGGCUCGGAAUGGAAUGCCUCUAACUUAGAAGACUUACAGAACCGCGGGGUGCGAUAUAUCUUGAAUGUUACUCGAGAAAUAGAUAAUUUCUUCCCAGGAGUCUUUGAAUAUCAUAAUAUCCGGGUAUAUGAUGAAGAGGCAACAGAUCUUCUGGCAUACUGGAAUGACACUUACAAAUUCAUCUCUAAAGCAAAGAAACAUGGAUCUAAGUGCCUUGUGCACUGCAAAAUGGGGGUGAGCCGCUCAGCCUCCACUGUGAUUGCCUAUGCAAUGAAAGAAUACGGCUGGAAUCUGGACCGAGCCUAUGAUUACGUGAAGGAAAGACGCACAGUAACCAAGCCCAACCCCAGCUUCAUGAGACAACUGGAAGAAUACCAGGGGAUCUUACUGGCAAGCAAACAACGGCACAACAAGCUCUGGAGAUCUCAUUCAGAUAGUGACCUCUCAGACCACCACGAACCCAUCUGCAAACCAGGGCUUGACCUCAAUAAGAAGGAGAUCACCACCUCAGCAGACCAGAUUACUGAGGUAAAGACCAUGGAGAGUCACCCACCCAUACCUCCUGUCUUUGUGGAACAUGUUGUCCCACAAGAUGAAAAUCAGAAAGGCCUGUGUACCAAAGAAAGAAUGAUCUGCUUGGAGUUUACAUCAAGGGAAUUUGAUGCUGAACAGAUUGAAGAUGAACUAAACCUAAAUGACAUCAAUGGUUGCUCAUCAGGGUGUUGUCUGAAUGCAUCAAAAUUUCCUCUCGAUAACUGCCAUGUAUCCAAAGCCUUAAUCCAACCUGGACAGGCCUCCGAAAUGGCCAACAAGUUCCCAGAAUUAACAGUAGAAGAUUUGGAGACAGAUGCAUUGAAAGCAGACAUGAACGUACACUUAUUGCCUAUGGAAGAAUUGACAUCUCGCCUGAAAGACCUCCCCAUGUCCCCUGAUCCUGAGUCGCCAAGCCCCCAGUCCACUUGCCAGGCUGAAGUCUCAGAUUUCAGUACAGAUCGUAUUGAUUUUUUUAGUGCUCUAGAGAAAUUUGUAGAGCUUUCCCAAGAAACCCGAUCCCGAUCUUUUUCCCACUCAAGGAUGGAGGAACUGGGUGGAGGACGGAGUGACAGCUGUCGAUUGUCAGUAGUAGAAGUAACCCCUUCUGAAGUGACAGCUGAUGACCAGAGAAGCAGCUCUUUGAGUAAUACUCCUCAUAUAUCUGAAGAAUCCUCAAUAGAUGAAGAACAGUCAAAGGCAAUCUCAGAACUGGUCAGUCCAGACAUCUUUAUGCAGUCCCACUCAGAAAAUGCUAUUUCAGUCAAAGAAAUCAUCACUGAGAUUGAAUCCAUAAGUCAGGGAGUUGGACAGAGUCAACUGAAAGGAGACAUCCUAGCCAACCCAUGCCAUACACCAAAGAAGAAUACUGCCCACGAGCAGCCCCUUGAGUGGGCCCAGACCACUGGAAAUCUGGAGCAGAAUGAGAGUUUAUGCACAGCCCAGUAUGAACUUGCCAAAGAGUCAGGAAAGUGGGACCCAGAAGGCUGCCUCACCACACACUUCUCCACCACAGACUUGGAAGAAGAGGAACCAGCUGAAGGGGAACAAGAGCUCUGGGGCCCAGGGGUGCACCCAAGUGUCAAGUGGUUCCCUGGGUCUGUGAAGCGAGCCACCUUGGAGUUUGAGGAGCGCUUGCGGCAGGAGCAAGAGCACCAUGGUACUGCCUCUGCGUGCACCUCGUUGUCUGCGCGUAAGAAUUCUAAGAAUGAUUCUUUGCUGACAGACCUAGUACCAAAAGGGAAGAGUGAUGAAACCACCCCAGAACAUUCACUUGUCCCCAGGGAGUCAGAAAUGAACAGAGGCAAGGGGAAAUGUUAUGGGGCUGAGGCUGAGCAAAACCCCAUUGUCUCAGGACCCGAGCUGCAGGAAUUUCACCCCUUGCCAGCUCCUCAGGAGUAUACACAGUCAGAUACUAGAACAAAGUCAGAUGGAGUCCUAAAGGAGCAGAGGAUUGCAGUUUCCUGCCAGGGCUCUGACACAUGGGCAGUCCCUCUUUCCCUUCCCAAGAAGAUAGAAAUCAUCGAAUAUACCGACACAGUUACAUCACCUGAUCACCCAGGGACAGGGGGUGAAGCAGCCGGCACUGGAAAGAGUGGGGAGCAAGUGCUGAGGAAAGUGAAAGUGGAGAAGACCAUUGCUGUCCUCUGUGCACUGGAUGAAAAUCUGAACAGAACUCUGGGCCCUGACCCGGUUUCUCUGCACCCCCAAGUGCUACCUCUGCCUCAUUCUUCAUCUCCUGAGCACAGCAGGUCCUCCAACCUGACCUCCUCCGUGAGCAGCCCUGAAUGCUGGGGCAGCCAUUCUGCCACUCUGGAGACCAUGACACCUUUCUUCAGUCAGACAACCCAUGUUCCAUCUACCAGUUUGGAUUACCUGCAUCCCCAGACUGUUGUCCACCUGGAAGGCCUCACAGAACAAAGCAGCACCACAGAUAUGGAGUCCUCAGCAGAACAGGAUAGUUGUGGGAACAGUCAGGAGGUCGCCCUCUCCAGUGGCAAUGAAAUGCCAUACAAGGGGUUCCAGUUAAGUAGUGAAGACCUAAGUUUAAAAAGCAAACUUGGUGACAAUAUUGGGGACUUAGAAGAACAACUAGACCCAUCACCAGUAGCCUGUCGACUCCCACAUGGCUCCAGUAGUGACAAUAUAAAGGGCCUCAGCCACAGCCCCAGUGUGGUGAAAGAGCGUGCUAAAGAAAUCGAGUCCCGAGUGGUUUGCCAUGCAGGGUCCACCAAACCUUCCCAAAUGAGGCGGUCAGCUUCCCUCGCCAAAUUAGGUUACUUGGACCUCUGUAAAGACUGUUUACCAGAGCAGGAACCUGUCUUCUUGGACUCCCCUAAUCUCAAACUGCUUCAGCCUUUCAUCAGAACAGACUCAGGCAUGCACACUGUAGAGGCCCAGAAUCCCCCAGAAAACCCAGAGCCCACCAAGUAUUUUGUAGAGCAGCUCAGAACAACAGAGUGUAUUGCACAGAGCAAGCCAGUGGAGAGGCCCCUUGUACAGUAUGCCAAAGAAUUUGGGUACAGUGAGCAGUGUUUGCCCCCCAAGGCAGGACCUGAAUUGACUAGUUCUGAAGGAGGCCUUCCACUGCUACAGACCCAGGGACUACAGUUGGCAGACUCGCCCCCAGUGCUGGCUGUGGCCCCGCGUCAGCAGCAUGGCAGAACUCACCCCCUUCGGAGACUGAAAAAGGCAAAUGAUAAAAAACGGACAACCAACCCCUUCUAUAAUACCAUGUGAUUCUGAGCCUACACGUGAUUUUCUAGAAGAAAUAUUUGUAAAAGGGGCAGGUGUAAUAUGUAAGGAACAUGCACUUUAUUGGUUAAUUUUAUAAUAUUUGUCAUUUUACUGUUCCUGGCGCAUGCAGUGUUUUUUUUUUUUUCUGUAUACGUGUGUGUGUGUGUGUGUGUGUGUGUGUGUGUAUGAAGCGGGGGAGACUGAUUUGGAUGACAAGACCAUUUGAUCAUUUGUUUUUAGAAAAUUCAAACCUCAAAAAAAUACUCAUUUUCAAAGAACACCUUUGUAAAGGCAAAUCGCUGUUUUUCAAUCAACUGCCACCUGCUCAUUUUACCCUCUGAGAACAGGCAAGUUUGCCUGACUGAGAAAGAAAGCAGAUGGGCAGGGUAGUAGUAAAACUGGAAACUGGAAAUGUUCCCCAGGCCUGUGUGAUGAUGGUUUGGUUUUCAGACCUGAUGCAUUGGUUGGGCUAAAAAGCAGUUAGACACUCACCCUUGAGCAGAGUACACUGAACCCUUGGCCCCAGACCCAGCCUGGUUAUGUUCCAGAAAUGAGCAGGUUCUGCUUUGCUUUAAGAAGGAUUUUCUAAAUAAAACCACUUCUGGGAUGCCAGAGUAUGUUAUUGCAGAAAGACAUGGUAAUGACUGACUUCAUAGAUGUAUCAAAUGCCCCCCCCCCCCCAAGUAAAUGAUUUUUAGUUAAAAGUGAACUCCAAGUAAAACCCAAGAAGUCCUCUAUAGAGGAAAGUGUCAGAGGAGUGAGGUCAGGAGGGGAGCAACUAUUACCCAGCAUCUAGCUCCCUGGUCUGUGGGCUCAACACUAGUGGGGAAGUGCGCUCAGUAGCAGCCUCCCAACUGAAACGCAGUGGGUUCAGGUUCGGAAAACAGCAACUGAAAGCGUGUCCUCAUAAAAUGAGUACAAAGAGAGGUUCAGCCCUCCCAGUACUUGAACAAUUCUGUAGGCCUUCUGAGUUUAAUGGCCGUGUUUGUUUGUUUGUUUGUUUGUCCAUUUUGUUUUCUUUCCUCAUGGCGUUUCUCCCAAUGCUGCCUAUUUGCUAUUGUAUAGAGGAUAUUUGAAUUGUUACAUUACCUGUACGUAACUUCCAUCCAAUGCAAAGUCUUCUUUUCGAUAAUACCACUGUUAACACUUGACACACUUUGCUUUUGCCUUUCCUUUUCUGGAAAAUUUGUCAUUUCUCUAGUUUAUACACAGUAUUUAUGUACAUAAUGUUGUUUUUUAACAUUGUUUUGUUAAUGUUGUAGGGUAUUUUGAUUCAUUCUUUUUAAGAAGGUGUUAAGCUACAACUGGAAAACACGCAGGCACCACAGAAAUAAAACUGAUGGAUGUCAGUGGGCAUCUGCAGUUUGUUCAUGGUGGUUUAAUUGUUCUAAUCACCAGCUCCUGCCAAAUUAUGUAUUAGUAACUUCCUCCUCAGAGAAACCCCUCAAGACUCCCAAUAAGAUCAGUUUGACAAAGUUGAUUUCUCUGUGAGACUGAAAUCCCUGAACCAUAGCCCAGGGGGUGGGGUGUUAUUGCUGCCCUGGACCCUGGGUGGAAACUCCUAGUGGAGGUUGCGGGGAGGCCUUGGCAGGCACCCAGAAUGACUGCAUUUAGGAUGCUGUUGCCUUGCUGCUACUGCAGAGAUCCUUCAAGCAGAAGCACCUGCCAUAAAAAAAAGCCUCUUCCAGUUUCUUAUAGAAAACACAGUUAGCCUGGAUUGAAGCAUCCUCUGCAACUCAUCACAACUGGAGAGGUUUGCAGAUUUGCUUCCUGUUUGCGUUGGUUGAUACCCACAUUGCUGAGAGAUUUGAGGUAGGAUUUUGGCUCAGGACAACACUGAAAGAAAAAAAGAGAGAGACGCACACUCUCAAGGUGAUGUCAGAGGCCAUCGUUUGGUGGGGAGAGGUGAAUGGGUGGCCCCAAGGAGAGCAAGAAUGUGGACUGUGGCCAACCACAGAUACUCAAGAGGAGGUGUGGAUUCACCUUGUGACAUGGAAGCCAAGGUUGGGUCUGACAUCGUUGCCAGAAGGCUGGUUGGACAGAAACCUGCUAAAAGUGUCUUUAGGAUGUAGUAAUUCUGUGUGCUAUCCCUAGAUUCCGUAAAUGUCCAGAUGUUAUGAUCCACUGAAUAUUGAAUGUGCUCUAGUGUUUUUGGUAAGUGGGUGGUCUCUACCAUUGUGAGGAGGCUUGCAGCAUAGGGCUAGGAAUUUACAGAGCUCAUCCUCUCAGCUGCCAGCCUUGCUGAGCGUUUCUCUCACCAGGAGAUUGUGGUGGGGUGGGGGAGGAAGAUCUGCAUGGAGACUAGGAGAGUGGUGUCUCCUGUCAACCACUUGAGAUGCUAGCAUCCCUCAUGCUUCAAAGUACAAGCAGAAUCACCAGUAUUUCACUGUCUUCCCUGUUGCUGUUGAAUGCUCACUCUCGAUGCAUUUAGUCACAACAAGGAUGGGGAAGAAACCCUCUAAUGCUGUGAAGAAAAAAAAAGUUUUUAAAGAGUAGGAGAAAUAGUCUCGCUCAGCCUUCUCUUUUUUGUAAUUGCAUUUUUUACCGCUCAAUAUACCUGCCUAAAUAUACAUCCUCUAUGCAGAAUCUCUAAUCCAGCCAUACCACGGGGCUUUGCCAGCCCGCUCAAACUCCCACGAGUGGGCAUUCUUGUGUUAUUUACUUAGCUGAGUGAUGUCCAAGGGACAUGCAGAAUGAGCUCUCAAGGACUAUUCAGACAUUCUUCUCUUCAGACUUUUUGAUAACCUGGGGUGGCCUGUCUCCUUUUUCUGUUUAUGUAAAACCUAGACUCAAAACAGCAGGUCUGGUAGAUUGACAGAGAUGAGUAGAAAAAGCCUGGACCGUUUGCUCAGUGCCUCUCUUGAUCUUUCUAUUGAAACUAUGGUAAUGGUUUGAUUCUCAAUUAUUCUGGAGUGUGCGUGUGUGUAUGUGUGUAUGUAAAGAGUUAUACGUCGGUGCAUGGGGUGAAAAACCCAGGAGCACACAGGUUUUCAGUUUUAAUCUGAUGGUUACCUGGUCAGUAGACAGGAGGGAAACCCCAACCCUUUCUUGAUUUUAGAAACACUUAAGAGUAAUGUGUACUAUAGUGAGUGUGUAGUGCUGUAGUAACAGUCAUCUCUCCUCGUUUUGGUUGCCUUUCAGAUUCUGAAUGUUAGGGAUCAUUCCUAGCUAGCAUCUUGGCCUCUACAGGCUCUUCACAUUUUCUUGAUUUUGUACCUUUAUCCCAGCUGGUAUUCCCUCUUUCUCAUUUUGAGAACUACCAAGAACUCCAAGGAUAGCUUGAAGAUUACAGUCUAGGCUGUGAGGUCCUCUCUUGGCAAAAAGAGCCCCAGGCAGAGGUUAUUGGGUAACCCUCACAGAAAUCUUUACCUGUUUCCAGCUCAGGAUUUCAGUUCUGAAGUGAUCUAAGCAUUUUUGGUAAAGAUGUUUGGUGGGAGUUGUUUCUCUUUUUUGUUUUUCCUCUCAAGAAAGAGAACAUUAUGCAAAAAGGGUGAUUCUCAAGGGCAUUUACAAUUUUCUAAAUAGAGCCGUUUGGCUUUUUUUUAACAACUAUUUGUGGAUACUUUGUUUACAUUGUAUUAAAAUGUGCAUCACUUUGACACCACUCGGUCUCCUCUAGGCACCCAGUGAGACCCAGGAGGCACCUGUGAGCCCUUAUACAGAGCACGGCCUUAGUGGUCAGCCCUCACGGGUAAGUGGGUAUAACCUGGAGCUGACUUGCAUCUGACUCCCAUCCAGCACUAUGGAAAUAAUUGUCAUUCCCUCAGUGACGGUGUGUCUUGUUGUGCUGGUUGUAGUGGUGAAUGAGUAGUGUUUUAAUUUUUUUUUUUGAUGGUAGAUGAGAUGAAACAUUAACUCCCAACACCAAGCCAACUUACAAGCAUCUUGGGCUUCAUUUUCCUUUCCCAACUAAAAUAUCAAGGCAUGUCUUAUGCAUAAAUGUGUUUGCUGCCUCAACUUUUUGGAGAAGCCUACCACCAUAGCAGGAAGCUGCACAAUCCUAGCCCUUUACCAGGACUGGGGUCCUUUGAUACUCUGGAGAGCUACUGCAAGGUGCUUUUCCAGCCUGGAAGUGGAGGGUACCUGGGGUAUCCUGCUAUGAAGAGAGAACCAGCCUCAUUUUCUUAGUGCCCCAGAGAUCUAGGAUAGAAUUUCCAAACUGGAAUCAUCCCACAUCAUCUAGAUGCCCCAAAGGGGUAUAUGACUAGUGUUGCCAUCAGUAUCUGCACUGCAGUUGGCACUGAUGGCAACAUCCUGUAGACAUAUGCAGAUCCAAUAGCCAGGGCUUCACUCAAGCUGAUGACCCAAACUGAAAACGGGAACUGGCCCGGAAAUGUCUCCCAAGCAAGAAUCCUAUAGGAAAUUGUUUGGUUUCUAUAUUUUACUGAAUUUUGGUUUGUUUGGCAUAGCUUAUGGUGCCUUUUCUUUCCUAUAUUCUUUUUUUUUUUAACCUUAUUUUGUAGAACUUGUCUAAGUAUGGGAAACAAGUCCAAGAGACUCUCUCACUGACUGUUACCUUUGCCCCAGGCCACCCCAAACUUUUAUGCCCCCAUUUUAUUAAAUAAAGCAGGUGCUCCCUGGAAUCUCUGGGACCUUUUUGAGGCAUUUGAAGCAGAUUAUAAAGAGUGGUCUCAUCUCCUUCCUUAAUCUUCCUGGUGGUUGGGAUGUUCCACUUGUAUCAUAGAUUUUUUUAUUACUGAUGUGCUCCGCUGUUUUUAAAUGUGAACUUGUGCGCAAAUGUGCAGAUUCAAUGUUCUUGUUACAGAUUAAAUAAAUUUUUAUUUUGAAGAUGAAA